AUGACAGCAGCCGCUUGCCCCGGCAUGGAUCGCGGGGCUCCGGGGCGUCUCUCCAGCGCCAUCAGGAUGAGCCCCUUUCUCUGGGCCGCCCUGCUCAGUCUCUGCCCAGCCACUGCUGUACAGGAAUCAACCCCUGAUGAAACACCAUCCUGUCCGAAAGACCUGUCUAUCCGAGGUGGCACCUUCUCACUCUCCGACGGGUAUCGCUCUGGAAGCAUCCUUGCCUAUUCCUGCCCACCCGGUACCUAUCCGUAUCCCACGCGAAGCCGGAUCUGCCAGUCAGAUGGAAAGUGGACACCGAUGUUUUCCUCCAGUGGAACCCGUACCAACGUGGCUCAGUGCAGAGUCGUACGCUGCCCUCCACAGAGAGCCUUCGAACAUGGUUCGUUCAGCCCACGACGAAGCGCACAUCCAGUGGGUGACAUCUUGAGCUUUGAAUGCUUUGAUGGUUACCAGCUGCUUGGCUCAUCUCAGCGGCACUGCCUACCCAAUGGACGCUGGAAUGGAACCUCCCCAGUUUGUGAUGAUGGAGUGGGGCACUGCCGCAGUCUUGCCAUCCCGCCAGGGGCGAUUGUUUCUGGGGUGCGUAACCAACUUGGUGAUCGAGUCUCCUUUCAGUGCCAGAAUGGCUUGGACUUGGUAGGGUCCGCCCAGCGUGUCUGCACUCCAGAAGGUGAAUGGUCAGGAGCCGAGGUCAGUUGCAGAGCCCCCUAUUCUUAUGAUGAGGCUGAAGAUGUUAGAGCUGAAUUUGGAGCCUCGUUCACCAAUGUUCUGACAGAGGUAUCAUCAUCUGGGCCUGACCCUUCUGGGUCAUCUCAAGCUCCAAAUUUGGGACGAAGGCUCAUCCUGACUAAAGAUGGUUUUCUCUACCUCUACUUGCUUGUGGAUGCCUCUCACAGUGUCACCGAAGCCAACUUCGACAUUUUUAAAGAAUGCCUGCAAAUUAUCAUCAACAGGAUUGCCAGCUUUGAUGUGCCCAUCAAGUUCGCCAUCAUCUCUUAUGCCAGCCAGCCCAAAAUCAUUGUUGACAUCCUUGACGAUAUAGCUGAAGAUCCAGAAUUGGUCCUGGAUCAGAUUAAGAAAAUGCGCUACAGAGUUCAAGACAAUUUUAGAUCACUUUUCCUGUUUACUUUUUGCCUUUCCUGUGGUGCUUCUCUCUGCUCUUCUUCCUCUCAGAUUGCCAGCUUUGAUGUGCCCAUCAAGUUCGCCAUCAUCUCUUAUGCCAGCCAGCCCAAAAUCAUUGUUGACAUCCUUGACGAUAUAGCUGAAGAUCCAGAAUUGGUCCUGGAGCAGAUUAAGAAAAUGCGCUACAGAGACCAUGGCAAUGCUACAGGAACCAACAUUCAUGCUGCGCUUGAUGCUGUCUACAAGAUGAUGAUUAGCGACCGAGCAUCUUUCUCAGAGCAGUGGGACAAAGUCCGUCAUGCUGUCAUUCUCUUCACAGACGGCAGAAGCAGAUUGGAGGAACCAAAAAGCAUAAACAAGGAAAACUCAAUAGCCAUAUUGCCUCCUUUUGCAGACCAUGGCAAUGCUACAGGAACCAACAUUCAUGCUGCGCUUGAUGCUGUCUACAAGAUGAUGAUUAGCGACCGAGCAUCUUUCUCAGAGCAGUGGGACAAAGUCCGUCAUGCUGUCAUUCUCUUCACAGACGGGAAAUCCAACAUGAAAGGUUCUCCCAAAAUGGCAGUGAAACAAAUUGAAGACUUGGUGAAUGUGAGAGAAAACAGGACUGACUAUUUGGAUCCCAGGGAUCUGGACGAUAUAUGUGGCUUAGCAAAUUACUCUGACAGUGCCCGGAGGGAUCAGAAGAAUCCAUGGCAUGGCAUGCUGCAAGAUAACCAUCAAGCAGAACCACCUUGCCGGGGGGCCUUGAUUUCAAAGACAUGGGUCUUGACCUCCGCUCACUGCUUCAACACGAUAAACAACAUUUCCAGCUGGACCGUUAUCCUGGGAGGAGGAGAGAGCAGGGUGCCAAUAAAGAGGCGGAUCGACCAUGAGUUGUACAACGUUCGAGCGAAGGUGGGCCAGGGCAUCAAAGAAUUCUACGAUUAUGACAUUUCCCUGCUUGAACUGAAAAGUCCUGUGCAGUUUGGUGGAAGAAUCAGGCCCAUCUGCCUUCCUUGCACUGAAGGAGCCAAUCGGGCCCUGAAGAGGAAAUCGGGGGCCACCACCUGCAAGGAUCAUGAGCUGGAGCUGCUGAGUUUUGAGAAGGUGCCUGCUCAGUUCAUAUCCCUGGACUACAAGAGAAUGAAUGUGGAAAUCAAGACAAAGACAAGCCGUCCCUUGUGUAUUUCUGGAGCUAAACAAGAAGAUAUGCUAUAUUCCCAAGUGUCUGAUGUCUCCGAAGUGGUAACAGACAGAUUCCUGUGCAGCGGGCAAGAUAGCGCUGUGGAAGCUGCCACUUGCAAAGGAGAAUCUGGGGGAUCACUGUUCGUGGAGAGGAGGGAAAGAUAUUUUCAGGUGGGGGUGAUCAGCUGGGGUACAUAUGACCCAUGUAAAAUUAAGAAGAAGGACUGGAACACAGAGGAGAUAAAGCGGGCCCGUCCUCCACCCAACCAUAGACCACGAGAUUUCUACAUCAAUAUUUUUGCUGUGCAGGACUGGCUAAGGCAACACCUAAGUGGAUCCCUGAGAUUCAUUCCUCUGUGAUGAGACCAAAACACAUUUCUGUUAUGACCAGAAUUCUUCCCAGCAUUGUCUUCCAACACCUCUGUCUCUCUGCUGCUAAUUAAAAAUUUGCCUUAGUAA